UUUUGUGAUAAUAUCAAACUUUUUGCUAAGGUAAAUCAACUUUUAAAAUAAUAAUUUAAUAGAAAUGACAUUGUGUAGAACGUGUUUAUCUAAAAGCGAUCUAAAACAAUUAUUUCCUGAUAAAAAUCUCGUAAGUUUACGCAUCGAACAGCUAUUAACAGUUUGCGGAAUCAAGAUUGAACCGGAUGAUGGUCUAUCUCAGUUAAUAUGUGAUUCUUGCCUAAAUCUUUUCAAUGGAGCAUUAAAACUAAGAGAAUUGAGCUCAAAAUCAGAAGAAAUAUUAAAGAAGUCAUUAAAAACAAUUAAAAUUGAAUUUGAAACAAUUGAAAAUAAAUCAACGACAAAAGAACUAGAAAAAAAUAAAAACUUACAACAAGAUGACCAUAAACAAAAUAAGAAGACGGAGAAAAAGAGGUUUAAUAUCUCAAAAGAUGAUUUUUCAGUAUGUAUUGAAGAUUUUGAAUCAAGCAAUGAUUCUGAAUUCAUGAAUAACUUUUUAAUUGAUGAUUUAGAUUCUAUAAAUAGCGAUAAUGAUGUCCCAGUACGCAUUGAAGACUUUGAAUCCAGCGACAGUCUAGACGAAGAGUUUAAAAAUGUAAUUAAAAAUGAGGCUAAGGAUUUUAAUAAAAUUAAUUAUUGGGAUUCAAAAGAGAAAGAGUUUUUGGAAAGAGAAAAUAGAAAACAGCAGACCAAGGAGCAGGAUGCCAAACUGCUAUCUUUAGCAGCCAUUCCAUACACUCAAAGUGGCCCUCUUAAGUGCACCCUGUGCAACAAAGUCCUGCGAAACGUACAGAACUUUAAAUCACACGCAAAAACACACUUCGAACCACAGAAUGCUUGUGAAGUAAGUAUUGUAUGGAGUAGGGAUGUUAUUUAG